GUCAGUUUGACUGGUGAUGUGAUUUGAUAUGGUUUGAAAAAUUACUUAAAAUUAACCAAACAUGCCAGGAGUUUGUACAGAAAUUAUUGACGAUAUUGAAGAUUUAAUAUCAUCUCAAGACAUUACACCGAAAGAAAGAUAUGCUAGCAGAAAAAAUGUGAAUGCACGGAGUAAAAAACGGGAGGUGAAGGAUACCGAAGCUGCUGAAAAAAUUAUAUUAGAAAGUGUUGUGCCAGGAACUCAAACAAUUUAUGUGAAAACAUGGGGCUGCGCACACAACAACUCAGAUUCGGAGUACAUGGCGGGGCUGCUGGCAGCACACGGGUACCCCCUCACAGAGGACAAGUGGCAGGCACAGCUGUGGCUGCUUAACUCUUGCACCGUGAAGAGUCCCUCUGAAGACCACUUCAAAAACGAGGUGGAGCUGGGCCGCAGCCGCGGCAUCCACGUGGUGGUGGCGGGCUGCGUGCCGCAGGGCGCCCCCCGCGCGACCUACCUGCAGGGACUCAGCGUCGUCGGCGUCCAACAGAUCGACAGGAUCGUCGAGAUCGUUGAGGAGACGCUUAAAGGGCACACGGUCCGUUUGUUUGGCCAGAGGAAAACCAGUGAAGGCCGCAAAGCGGGAGGAGCGUCGCUACUCCUGCCCAAAGUGCGCAAGAACCCCCUGAUAGAGAUCAUCCCCAUCAACACGGGCUGCCUCAACCAGUGCACCUACUGCAAGACCAAGCACGCCAGGGGGGAGCUCGGCAGCUACCCGCCCGAGGAGAUAGUCGAGCGCGCGCGGCAGUCCUUCCAGGAGGGCGUCUGCGAGAUAUGGCUCACGAGCGAGGAUACUGGUACAUACGGACGCGACAUUGGCUCGUCCUUGCCGGAGCUGCUGUGGAGGCUGGUAGAGGUGAUCCCGGAGGGUUGUCGGCUACGGCUCGGCAUGACCAACCCACCCUACAUCCUCGAGCACCUGGAACAAGUCGCCAAGAUCAUGCAUCAUCCCAGAGUAUACAAAUUCCUCCACGUGCCGGUGCAGUCCGGCAGCGACCAGGUACUGGCUGAUAUGAAGCGCGAAUACACCAGGGCAGACUUCGAGACGGUCGUCGACUAUCUCACAGACAAGGUGCCUGGCAUGACGAUAGCGACCGACAUAAUCUGCGGCUUCCCCACCGAGACAGAGCGCGACUUCGAGCAGACGGUGUCCCUGUGUGACAAGUAUCGCUUCCCCUCGCUGUUCAUCAAUCAAUUCUUCCCCAGGCCCGGCACGCCCGCCGCCAACAUGACCAGGGUACCGGGACAAGAAGUGAAGAGACGAACCAAAAUACUAUCAGAACUGUUCCGUUCCUAUGAACCGUAUGGUCAUAAAGUAGGCCAGGUACAAGAGGUGCUAGUUACUGAUAUAUCACACGACAAAAACUACUACGUAGCCCAUAACGAGUAUUAUGAACAAGUUUUAGUGCCCAAAGAGGAGAAAUAUAUGGGCAAAAUGGUCACGGUCAAGAUCACGAAGGCCACGAAAUUCUCUAUGGUAGGCGAGCCCAUAGACAAACCCAAGAUGGCGGGCUUGACGGCACCGCUGAAAAAAGGAGCAGUAUCCGGUGUCUAUGGUACGAAAACGGAUAAAAUGUCAAUGCCUAUACCAAUUUUUGUUCUGUUAUUAGCUCUGUUUUUAAGAGUUAUUUGGAUUUUUGUAUAGUGUUUGUAAAUAUAUUUAUAAGAUAA